AAAAAAAGUUCAAAGGUCACCCAGACUUGCUUUUUUUUGUUCAAGAAACGUGAUUCCAAAAAUACCUCGGUAAAUAAUAAUGUUCAUUUGAAAAAUUUAGGAAAUCAAAGCAAUAUUUUCAUUCUCCAUUAAGAAACAAAGGGGCCGCAGUUUCCGCUGUGUUCGGGUAUGUCGACUUAUACAUGCAUUAGUUGUCGAGUGGCAUUUUCAGAUGCCGAAAUUCAGCGUGCCCACUACAAAACAGACUGGCACAGGUAUAAUUUGAAACGAAAGGUUGCAGAUAUGCCUCCUGUUACUUCUGAGAACUUCAAAGAGAGAGUAUUGGCACAGAAAGCUGCAGUUGAAAAGCAGAGUCAAGGAACAGAGGAGCACUGUUUUACGUGUGGCAAGAAGUUCUCCACAACCAAUGCUUUUGAAAACCACUUAAAAUCCCGAAAGCAUCAGGAUGCUGAGAAAAAAGCAUCCAUGACUGCACAGAAGGAAGUGGAAAGACUUAAUGAAAAGAAUCUAGAGAAGGGAUUAGAUGAGAAUGUACUUGACCAUGAUGCCAUGAAUGUAGCCAUCCAGGAAGCUAUCAAGGCCCAGCAAGCUGGCUCUCCUAAAAAGAAAGGACCUGUGGAAUUGUCUAGGAAGAGUCAGUCUUCACAAGACAAAAAGCGCCCUGAAAAGCCCCCAAGACUUUUGUGGUUUGAGGAACAAUCGAAGAAACUAAAUGAAGAGGAAAAAGACCUAGAAGAUGGUGAAGAGGACUCCGAUGAGUGGGAAGAUAUGGAUGAAGAUGUAGAUGAGGAGCUUGAAGAGGAGCAGAAGUUGUGUAAUCCACAACAAGAAUCCCCACCCGGUGCAAUACCAAUCACUGAUUGCCUCUUUUGUACUCACCAUUCUCGUUCCUUCAUGAAGAACUUAGCCCACAUGACUAAGGACCACAGUUUCUUUAUUCCUGAUGUGGAGUAUCUAGUCGACCUUCAAGGCCUCUUAAAAUAUCUUGGAGAAAAGGUUGGUGUGGGAAAUGUUUGUCUUUGGUGCAAUGAAAAGGGAAAGUCCUUCUACUCAACAGAGGCCGUGCAGUCACACAUGAUAGACAAGAGCCAUUGCAAGCUAUUCACAGAUGGAGAUGCUGCUCUUGAAUUUGCAGAUUUUUAUGAUUUCAGGAGUAGUUAUCCUGAUUACAAGGAAGGAGAUGCUGAUGUGGAAAUGCAUGAUGAUGAAGUUUCCGAUAGAAAUGCCGUAGAAUAUGAUGAAGAAACUAUGGAAUUAAUACUUCCCUCAGGAGCAAAGAUUGGGCAUCGAUCUCUAAUGAGAUACUACAAGCAGCGUUUUGGCAUUUCAAGGGCUUUGGUCAUUUCCAGUAAUCGCAAUGCAGUGAGAAAAGUUUUGCAGCAGUACAGAGCAUUGGGCUGGAGUGACAGUGGUAAGGAUGCAUCACACUAUAGACAAAGAGAUAUGCAAUACGUUCAAAGAAUGAAAUCAAAGUGGAUGUUGAGAACUGGCAUGAGCAACAAUGCCACCAAGCAGAUGCACUUCAGACCACAAGUCAGGUUCUAAAAGGGAUUUCUGUCUCGGAGUUGAUGAGAUUGUUUGGAGAUGCAGUUCAUGUUAGUCCUCAACAGCUUGUUAUAUGGGUUUUGAAUGAUCUUUUCAACAUAAAUGAUUGAAACAAUUGUUCUGGUGUUGUAAUUUAUAAAUAUUUGUCUAAAACGCAGUACCUUUUGGCAUUUUCACUUGUUAGUACAGUAUAUAAAGCUGUCCUCCAUUGAUGCAAACCUUGGAUUUGUUAUCACCAAGAAUAGUUUUUUAAAUCCGAUUUUGUCAUCCAAUGGAAGUAUUUAAAUAUACGUUAUUUUACACUGUGUUGCUUACUAAGGACAUAAUAAUUAGUUCUGCUUUAGGCAGAGUUCUUAGUGUUAUCAGAUAAAGGCUUUGAUCCCUUAUGUAUAUAAAUAUAUAUACAUUAAAAAAUCCUUUGAGGGGGAAAAAAGAUGUCAACAAAUGUCAGAUUUAAAAUGUUCUGGCAGUUGAUGAUCUUAGCACAUGGGUUCCAGCAGGUGUCAGUAUUGGACCAUUAUAAAUUUAAAAA